UUAAGAAACUUCAGAUAAUGGUUUAAGGCUAAUAAAGUUCGCCGCAGCAAAGAAUAUGAUAGUUAGCAGCACCAGAUACCAACAUCAAAGGAUUCACACGGUCACAUGGCUGUCACCCCAUGAAAACAUGAAAAACCAAAUAAAUCAUGCUGUAAACGACAGUAGGCAUUUUACGUGUGAAACGAACGAUUGAACGAUUGAUGUAGCAAAGGUUCGCACUCAUUUAAGCUAGUCGAAAAAAGUAUGCAGUGUCAGGCAUGCAAACUGGAAAUUGAAAAGCUACCGACUAUGGCAACGUUAUACUCCCAUCAACUCACCCAACUGUUUAAUGAAAGCACUCCUUGUCACCAUGCUGAGAAAUCCGUACUGGGGUACCUCCCAGCAACAAUAAGCACGCUGAAACUACAACGUAAUGUCCAAGGCGACUACCAUUAAGGAAGCCCUCAAACGCUGGGAGGACCGUGAACACCAGAAUGCAACUCAGGCUACCGUAAUCGAGUUGCAAUUCCAAUGGCCACCCAUUGAGAAAAUGGACGCUACUUUGGGAACUUUGGUAAAUUGCGAACGUCUAAGUCUUUCCACAAACAUGAUUGAGAAAAUAUUUGGCUUAAAUGGCAUGAAAUGCCUACGGGUGCUGUCUUUAUCUAGAAAUUACAUCAAAGCAAUAUCGGGCUUGGAAGCUGUGGCCGAUACCCUUGAAGAACUUUGGCUCAGCUAUAAUCUCAUUGAGAAAAUUAAGGGUUUAUCGCCUUUGAAAAAACUUAAAGUUUUAUACCUCAGCAACAAUCUCAUCAAGGACUGGGCCGAAUUUAAUCGUUUUCAAGAGCUGGAAGCUUUAGAAGAUUUGGUGGUGGUUGGCAAUCCCAUAUCUGAGGGCAUGGAUGAACCAACCUGGAGGGCUGAAUGUAUCAAACGUUUGCCAACCAUUAAGAAAUUAGACGGCGAGCCGGUGGUAUUGAAUGAGGAGCCAACCUUGUAAUCUAUGAAUACUAAAUAAUAAUUAAAGACGUAUAAAUGAAUAAAAAAUGCCUAUUGUUAUGAAUAA